AUGUCUCAUUCAGCAGACAAGUAUGGUGUUGUCAUCAUUGGCUCUGGUCCUGUCGGGCCUCUCGCCUCCUCAUGCUUCUCCAAAUGGGGGUAUAAAAUCAAACAUAUUGACAAACGCCCAUUACCCACCAAGACCGGCCGUGCUGGCGGCAUUCAGCUUUGUUCAUUAGAACUACUACGAAAUAUGGACUUAAAACGCAAUAUCAUGGCGCGCGAGCCCGCUAGGGCUUAUGAUGUUGCGUUCUGGAACCCUUUACCGGAUGAUACCCAUUCGCCCACAUUGUUACACCAAGGACAUACUGAAAAGGGUUUCAUAAAGGAACUGGCCAAGCACGGAACCACUGUCGACCGGCCGACCGUUUUGGGGUUUAAGCACGAUGGGAAGGAUAAUGCGUACCCUGUGGAAGUCACUCUCAGGGACCUCGAUACAAAUAUCGUACAAGUUUAA